AUGGAGCCAGAAGUCUUAGAAAUUUGCCCUUACAACCCUCACCACCGAAUCCCACUCAGCAGAUUUCAGUACCACCUGGCAUCAUGCCGGAGAAAGAACCCCAAGAAAGCCAAAAAGAUGGCCAGCUGCAAAUACAACGCCUGCCACGUGGUCCCCAUCAAGAAGCUGGAGGAGCACGAGGCUGCCUGUGUCAACAGAAGCACAGUGGAGGAAGAGGACAGCCUGAGUCCCCUGAAGGUCAACCUUCCAAAUGCAGGGCACAAGGGCAACGGAAACGCCUCUCCGUCUUUCAUUCCCCAGAAGCUUGUUUGCGAAAGCGACACCAGACAGUCAGAGACAGACAACUACACCCCAUUCCUGACCGUCCCCCCAGAAGAUCAUUAG